AUGUCUCUGCCAAGUCGACAGACAGCUAUUGUUAACCCUCCUCCACCAGAGUAUAUAAAUACCAAGAAAAAUGGGCGAUUAACAAAUCAACUGCAGUAUCUACAAAAAGUUGUUCUAAAGGCUUUAUGGAAGCAUAGUUUUUCUUGGCCUUUUCGACAUCCUGUGGAUGCUGUGAAACUAAAGUUGCCUGAUUACUAUACCAUUAUUAAAAAACCAAUGGAUUUAAAUACAAUUAAGAAGCGCUUGGAGAAUAAAUAUUAUGUGAAGGCUUCAGAAUGUGUAGAAGACUUCAAUACAAUGUUCUCAAAUUGUUAUUUGUACAACAAGCCUGGAGAUGACAUUGUUGUUAUGGCACAAACUCUAGAGGAGUUGUUUAUGCAGCAAUUAUCUCAGAUGCCCCAAGAAGAGCAAGUUGUGGGUGGUAAGGAAAGAAUAAAGAAAGGCACUCAUCAAAAUGUAGCAGUUACUUCAGCUAAAGAAAAACCAUCCACCAAAGCAACAGAAAAAGUAUUUAAGCAGCAAGCGGUUCCCUCUGCAUCUGCUGAGACAUCUGUUUCUCCCUUCAGCAUGGCACAAGCAGCGCCACUCAACUGUAGCUCACAAACUGUGGCCCAGGUUACAAGGGGUGUGAAGAGGAAAGCAGAUACAACAACUCCUACAUCUUCAGUAGUUAAAUCAAGAAGUGAAUCUUCUCCAGCACUUACAGAAAAAAAAUCAAUGAGAAUGCCACCCGUAAAAGAAAAUAUGCUGAAGAAUGCUUUGCCCGAUUCUCAGCAACAAUAUAAAGUUGUAAAGACUGCUAAAGUAACUGAACAACUAAGGCACUGUAGUGAGAUUCUUAAGGAAAUGCUUGGAAAGAAACAUUUAUCAUAUGCAUGGCCUUUUUAUAAUCCUGUUGAUGUUAAGGCUUUGGGAAUUCAUAACUACUAUGACAUUGUCAAAAAUCCAAUGGAUCUUGGAACUAUUAAGCUUAAGGCUGUUCAUCAACAGCUACAGGUUCUGUCCCAAGUACCUUUCCGUAAGCUAAAGAAAAAAAAUGAAAAGUCUAAAAGGGAAAAGAAAAAAAAAGUUAAUAGCAAAGAUGAAAAUCCAAGGAAAAAGUUUAAGCAAAUGAAAUUAAAGGAAAAGUCCAAGAGCAAUCAACCAAAGAAAAGGAAACAACAGCUCUUGGCUCUGAAAUUUGAAGAUGAUGAUAAUGCUAAACCUAUGAACUAUGAUGAGAAAAGGAAAUUAAGUUUGGAUAUAAACAAACUCCCUGGAGAUAAACUUGGGCGAGUAGUUCAUAUAAUACAAUCAAGAGAGCCUUCACUGAGAAACUCCAAUCCUGAUGAGAUAGAGAUAGAUUUUGAAACACUGAAAGCAUCAACACUAAGAGAACUAGAAAAAUAUGUUGUGGCAUGUCUAAGAAAAAGACCACUAAAACCUCAUACUAAGAAAAUCAUGAAGUCCAAAGAAGAACUUCAUUCACAGAAAAAACAGGAGUUGGAAAAGCAAUUACUAGCCAUCAGUAAUCAGCUAAAUUCUAGAAAACGUCUAACAAAAUCUGAGAAAAUGCAAUCAUCCAAAGCCGCUGGAAGUGGUUCCCGAUUGAGUGAGAGCAGCAGCAGCAGCAGCAGCAAAAGCAGCAGCAGCAGCAGCAGCAGCAAAAGCAGCAGCAGCAGCAGCAGCAGCAGCAGCAGCAAAAUGUUUCCUAAAUUUACUGGAGUAAAACAGAAUGAUUCUCCUAAAGAGAAUGUAAAGAAAAUGAAGAAAGAAUAUAUACUGCCUGAAGGAGGGACAGGCUUCACAGAGGAGCAGCUACAAUCCUCUGUGCAAGAUACAUCUGCUAAAACCACCCUUGUUCAUCAGACUACACAGUUAUAUGGAAUACCACCAAAUCACCACCAGUUAGCAUUUAACUAUCAAGAAUCAGAACAUUUACAGACUGUGAAAAACAUCUCGCCUUUACAAAUUCUGCCUCCCUCAGGUGAUUCUGAACAACUCUCGAAUGGCCUAACUGUGAUGCAUCCGUCUGAUGACAAUGACACAGUGGUGUUAGAAUCUCAACGUCACGUUCCUGUGCAAAAGGAUAUAAAGAUAAAGAAUGCAGACUCUUGGAGAAGUUUAGGCAAACCAGUGAAAACAGCAGGUGUACUGAAAUCAUCAGAUGAGCUCUUCAACCAAUUUAGAAAAGCAGCAAUAGAAAAGGAAGUAAAAGCCCGAACACAGGAACUAAUACAGAAACAUCUGGUACAGAAUACUAAGGAACCAAAAGUAUCUCAAGAAAAUCAGAGGGACCUUGGAAAUGGAUUGACUCUAGAAUCUUUUUCAAGUAAAAUACAAAAUAAGUGCCAUGGAGAAGAGCAGAAAGAACAUCAGCAGUCAUUGGAAGCUCAAGAUAAAAGCAAACCUUGGCUUCUGAAAAACCGCAAUUUAGCAAGGGAGAAAGAGCAAGAGCGGAGGCGGAGAGAAGCAAUGGCGGGUACCAUUGAUAUGACUCUUCAGAGUGACAUUAUGACAAUGUUUGAAAACAACUUUGAUUAA